CCGAGCUGCGGGCGGGGGAGCUUGCCGAGUUCGCGAUCACCGUCACCGCCCACCACAAGGGGCACUUCGUCUUCCGGCUCUGCGACCAUCGCCUGGACAGCCAGGCCGGUGGCUACCAGGCGCAGGAGGAUUGCCUGAACGAGCACGUCCUGAGCCGGGCCAGGCCAGAGGAGGUCCACGCGGACUGCCAGCGAGACGACCCACGCGGCGAUUGUCAGCCCUACGACGAGGCUAAUCCUGGACAUUGGUACCUCCCACCCCAUAGCGGGUCCCACCUCGACCGAGCGCAGCACCGCUUCCACUACUGGAUCCCCGCCGACCUCACGUGUGAGAGCUGCACGCUGCAGUGGUGGUGGAUGAGCGCGAACAGUUGCACGCCGCACCCAGACGCCUACAAGUGCUAUUUCCAGGAGAUGGAGCGGCAGGGGUGGGACGCGCGCGCGUGGUGCGAUGGCGUGUGCUCCUACCAGGGCGAGUGCCCAGCGGAGCAGAGCGCCCCCGUGCUCUGCGGCGAGCAGUUCAAAAACUGCGCGGACGUCCGGGUGGUGGGGGGCGGAGCCACCAGGGGCCCCACGCCCGCACCAGCGCCCACUCCUGUCUCGGCGCCGACCGGCGCGCCGACCUCCUCGCCGACCGCGCCGGCAGGCAGCGCGUGCGUGCAGAAUCUGAACUGCGCCGUGAACGACUGGUGCGCCGAUUCCACCUACGCCGGCUGGUGUCCGCUGCACCCCGCGGGGGACUGCCCCUCGCCGCAGUGCGUCGCGAGCAGCCCCGCGCCGUCUCCAGAGCCAGAGCCGGGGCCCGUGCCGGAGCCCGAGGGGAGCAGGCAGCUGGUCGCGUUCGUGGAGAAUUGGUUGCCGUGCCCGAGCCUGGAGAAGGUCGAGGGCUACGACAAGGUCAUCGUCUCCUUCGCGGUCAGCUACGCAUGGAACCCUGUGAAGAACCAGUGCGAUCAGAGCUGCACCAUCGGAAUGCCCGCCACGUGUGACAACCAGGCCAAGCCAGACCUGAUCGCGGCGUGGCGGCAGGCGGGCACCAAGGUCUUGCUCUCGUUCGGCGGCGCGGGCAUGGGCGGGAGCUGGGCGGGCGACGUGAACGACUGUUGGGAGCACUGCUUCGGGAGGGUGGACAGCGUGGUGAGCCGCCUGGUGGAGAUAAUCGACAGCCAGGGCUUCGACGGCGUAGAUAUCCAGCUGCCUGCGUACGACCACUCGGACACGUCCAGCCAGUUCCUGAGGGACUUGACCACGGGGCUUCGCACCGCGCUGCCUGCUGGGAAAAUCAUCUCCCACGCGCCCAUGGAUGGGGACAUCGUCGCUGGGGCGCCGUACUUCCGCGUCCUCCAGGAAGUCGCUUCCAGCGUCGACUACCUGUUGCCUCAGUACUACAACGGGCCGCUCAGGCCCGCGAUCGACACCCAGCCCGCCAUAGAGCACAUGGGGCACCUGGUGAACGACAUCUUCGGCGGCGACGCCAGCAAGGUCGUGUUUGGCUUCUGCAUCUCCGACUGCUCUGGGACCGGCAGCAACGUGAACAGCGCCCAGGCCGCCUCCAUCCUCCAGGACGUCGCCGCGGCGUUCCCCAGCUACGGUGGGGCCUUCCUGUGGGCCGCUUCCGACGAUGCUGGCUGGUCCGAGCCAGUGCGGCAGGCGCUGGGCUCCGCGCCCAGCGUGGCGCCGACGCCCACGCCGGCGGUGCCAACGCCAGCGCCCACGGAGGCGCCCGCGACCCCGUCGCCCACGCCGGCGGCGCCGGCGCCCACGCCGGCGCCCACGGAGGCGCCCGCGACUCCGUCGCCCACGCCGGCGGCGCCGGCGCCCACGCCGGCGCCCACGGAGGCGCCCGCGACCCCGUCGCCGACGCCGGCGGCGACGACGCCGACGCCUGUGCCCACGGAGGCGCCCACGACCUCCCCCACCGCGUCCGGCGGGCAGCCCAGCGUCUGCGAGGCGGCCGUGAGCCACCAUGGCGAGGCCUGGGACUUCGCUGGGCCCUGCACCGCGUGCCUGGCCGGGAACAACGUCUGCUACGACGACCCCGAGCAUAGUUCUCAGAGCCUCUGCUCGCGGUGGCCCCAGAACGUAUGGUGCGGGGGGGCGUCGCUCGUGGAGUCUCGCCGCGGCAGGCGCAGGCCGCGCGCCUUCCUGGGCACGGCGCUGCUCCAGACCGUGUGCCCUCUGUCCCGCGCCUCGCCCGGCGAGGGGCUCCAGGCUUGAGAGCCCGGCCGUCUUUUGCCCGAGGGGGGACAGAGGAGCCCCUCUCCGAAACGUCGCUUCGCAGUUGCCGCCCACCAGUGCCGGCAUGAGCGUCGCGGCGCACCCGUUCUGCGUGCAGCGUUCUGGCGGCGCUCUCGAAACAGGGCCCGCCCCUAGGCUGGCGCCCGUGCGAUCGGGGCCCUCCGUCGUCUUUGAGGACGAAGGCAGCAAGAGCAGAGCGAGCCAGAACAAAGGGAUCGGA